GCCGCUGUGACCCCUCCUGGGGGUGCUGCGUCAGCCGUUGAUUUUUGCACUUUUGGCCCAUCAUCUGUAUAUGUGAACUUAUAACAAUGUUAUCAGCUCUCCCAAAUUUACUGAAAAAGAUGACAUUGUUCAUCGCUGUUGGAGUCCUUGGACAGCGGUUACUGUGGAUGUUGCCACCGCCACAUGAGUGAGGAACCCACUGAGCCUGUGUCCCUGCCCCACCUCCAGCCUGCGGGUCCAGCUGUGUCCUGUCCUGCUGUGAUUGCCCUAGGCUCUGCCCCACCCCAGCUACAGUGGAACUUCCCCUCCCCCUUGUGGGCUUGACUGUGCUUGGACGACUAGGAUUGGUACCCACCAUGUGCAGGUAGCAGCCCUGGUGUCCCUGCGUAUCCUCAUUGUGGCCCCAGGAGGAUGAAGAAGAUCUUUGGUUUUGGCAAGAAGAAGAAGGGGCUGCCGUCGCCUUCCAAGAGCGCUUCCCUGCCCGUGGGCUCUGGCGGCUAUGAGCUCCGUGAGCGGGACCUGGGGAAGCUACACCGUGCAGCUGCUACUGGGGACCUGGGCAAGCUCCAGCAGCUGCUGCGGAAGCAGGACCCCAACCAGCUGGACAAGGAGAACCGGACUUCUUUGCAUCUGGCAUGUGCAAAUGGACAUCUAGAUAUUGUUUCCUAUUUAAUUGAGAACAAGUGCAAGCUAAAUCUCUGUGACAACGAUAGCAGGUCACCAUUAAUGAAGGCAGUACAAUGCCAACAAGAAAAAUGUGCAAUUCUGCUGCUAGAACAUGGUGCAGACCCUAAUCUCGUUGAUGUUAACUGCAACACGGCCCUUCACUUUGCUGCCUGUAUUCCUAAUAUAUCUCUAGCAAUAGAGUUACUUGAGCAUGAUGCUGAUAUUGAUGCACAAAAUAAGGAUGGGCACACACCUCUUACUCUGGCUAUAACUGAAAAUCAUCAAGGGAUGGUAGAAUUUCUUCUUCAAAAAGGAGCAGAUGUACAUGCUGUAGAUAAGUCUAAGAGGACACCCCUCAUGGUUGCUGCUUCUGGUGGAGAGCUUAGUUUAAUAAAAAUUCUGCUUGAGCAUGGUGCAGAUCUUUCUCAUAAAGAUGUAAGUGGAUGUACAGCUGAGGAUUAUGCUCAUCUUGGUGGAUAUUCUGGUCUUAGUAAGCAACUUUCUGAAUAUGCCAGAUGGAAAACUGUGGAAAAGCCUUCUCCAGGCAAUAAAAAAGGCAUGUUAGUGUUUAGCAGUCCAGACAGGUUUGGAGAUCUUGGUUAUGCUCUGGGUGCACCUGCCACAGAUAAAGAAGAAAUGCAGCAAUCUCCCAACCAGACAUCAAGAACAAGAGAUUCAGGGAAAGUUAUAGAUGACCUUUCCCAAGGAGACUCAGUAAGAAGUUCUGAAAAAGGUGAAGGUGAUGACAGCUGGCUUUCUUCAGGAGAAGAAGAAUUAGAUUUUACCCCCAAGAAACAGCCGAAACCAAACUUGAGUCUGCUUUUGAGUGCUUCCCAGAAAUUCAAGGAAAACAAUGGUGAGGAUACUAAAAUGGAAGGUCCUCAGUCAUCAAAACAAAAUCUCAAACAAGUAGAUACAAAGGACAAGAAAGAAGGUAAAAAACUGAGAGAUCAAGAAAGUUCAGAUGCAAGCAAUCAGGAGGAAGGAGAAUUAGAAGAGGAGGAGGAAGAUGAAGAAGAAGAUGGAGAAGAUGAUGAUGAGGAAGAGGAGGAAGAAGAAGAGGAAGAAGAACUUAGUCAGGAAGAAAAGGACAAUGAAGACUUAGAAGAGGAAGAAGAAAGUCAGGGUGAUGGCACAGAUGGUAAGGAAGAGGAAUGUUUUAAGAAGUCACAGGAUAAGGGAAAAAUUGUUCAAGAAUUGGAGACCAUUAGCAAUACCAUUAAUUGUGAAACAGAAGAUAAAGAUGGAUGUGGAAUUGUGCCUGAAGGUAAUCAGAAAACAUGUGAAGACAUAGAUCAGAACAUUCAGGAAUCCAUUGAUAUUCCCAUGUCUUUUAUAGAUGGGUUUUAUGAAGGUUUAAAUGAAGAUGUAACUACGGUAUCAUCCAAGCUGAUAAAUAGUGGACAGCCUCAGCAAGAAGGUGAUAAUGAACACGAAGAAACUGAAUAUCAAAAUCCAAAGAAACUGCAAGAUACUGAGGGAAUUCAGAAAAUAAGGUGUGCGACUGAGGGAGGGCUUCACAGAAAACCCAGUUACUCUUCUGAAUACUCUGAAAUGACAGCUGGGGAAAAAACUGCAUCUCCAUCUGUCUUAAAUAGCUGUGACAUUAAGGGUAAAACCUCAAAUGUACAAGGUGAUAUCUCUGAAAGUGAUGAUGAUCCUUGGUCAGAGACAGGAAAUGAAGGGUAUGAAAGCAGAAGUCAUAAUGCUGUAAGCGCUAAACCUUUGGAGCCAAGUGUUGGAAAGGAACAAUAUGAGGAUCCUGAGGAACUGGAUAAUACAGCAUGCAGCUUAUUAAUACAAGAAAGUGAGAAUUUGCCUUUACAUGAUCAGGAAGAAAUUAUGAAAGAAACAUUUCAAACAAGCACCAAAGUAAGUAAAAAUGAUCAAUUCAAAUUGUACACAGGUAAUGCAGCAAUAAAGAAAAAAGAUAAUGACUGUCAAGUGAAAAAUGUUAACAGAACAAUGAUAGAAGAAUCAUCAGAGGAAGAGGAGGAGGAAGAGCAACUAGAAACUUCAAAUGUGGAUAAAACUUCGAUUAAUGUUAACCCUGAAGUACGGAAUCCCUCAGAAAAUGUGUCUGUUAGGAAAAAUAUGAUGUCAGCAUUAGGAUUAGAAGAGGAGGAAGAUACAGAAUCACCCUGGGAUUCAGAGUGUGCCUCUGAAAGCCCAAGAAAACCAUCAGCUGGUUUGUUGGCUUUACCUGUAUUCAGACCUGAAACACAUAUGCAGAGUAUUUCAGAGGAACCAAACAAAGAUUUUUCAGAGAAACACAGUGAUUCACAGCAAAAGUCCACUCGAGAAAUCAUAGAGACAAAUGACAACUCUUAUCCCACAAAAGUGAGGGAGACUGGGGAGAGGCAAAAAUCAGAUUUAAUGGAAGAAUUUGGUUUAGAUGAUGCAGAUGAUAUUGAAGAUGCAUCAGACUGGGAUUCUACCAGUGUUUCACUUAAAAAUUUACCCAAUAAUAGAAGUUCCAAGGUCAUGACAGUUGAGAAUCAUGCUUCUCCAUUGUCAGCACUGACAGCAAAAAAUGAUAUAGCAGGAACAGAUUGCAGAAUUACUCCUCCAAAAGUAGAAGAAAUGUCAAAUGAUCAAACUGAAGCUUCCCCCCAAAAUGCCAGUUUACACCUUGUCCAAAAGCUAGUAACUCCAAAGAGCAAAGAUGAAUUGCCAGAACCUGCUGUUAACGUGUCUUUGCCAGACAAAAAGGGGCUCAAAGAUCCAGGUGAAAAUUGUGAGAAGCAGGAUAAAUAUAUGUUAGACACAACCAACUUGACAGAAAAAACAGCACUUGAAAAUCAGACUGACAAAACAGAGAUUUCACUUUUACAUCAGGAAACACUAGAACAAAAUGAACAAUCAAACAGAGAGCUUGUGCAAGUGAAUCCAAAACUUUGGGAGCAAAGAUACGAAAAAAUGUGGAUUGAAAAUGAGAAAAGGGAUUUGAAAACAAAUUUUAAAAACAUUACAGCAGAGCUAAAGCAGAUGUUUGGUGAAAUUAAUGAAACUGAGAAAACAACUACACCUACAGAGGGGACAUCAGAAGAUGGCUUCAGUGAAGGACUGGAGAGCAUUUGUGAAGCUCCACUUAAACUGACAAAACCCACCAAUCACACAAAAAGAAAAGGUGAAUUUGGGGAUUUGCAGUCUGUACCUGAACAAAAGGAAUCCAGCUGUGAAGUCUUAAUUCCAAAGUCUCCUGAUCAGUAUGUUUUCAAGGCAAGCUGUGAACCUAUUUGGAAUGUAAAUGAAGAAAGUUGUACUAAAGAUGAAGUAAGUACAAAAAUAGCAGAAACUAAAGACGUGGAAGACCAAAUGUCUGACACACAAAUAAAAAGAAAUGCAGAUGGAAAUACUAUUUUAGAGAGAAACCUUGAUUAUUCACAAAAGUACAUUUUGGAAGAAAGCAUUUUGGAGAAAAGUUCCCAAACUCUUGAUAUCGUAAGACCUGUUUCUACAGAUGAUAAAAAUAAGCUAUCUGGUAUAGUGAAGAGGAAUAUUGAAACAGACUUAUCCCAGUUUAAUGACAGUGUCCCCAAAGACUGCUUUGUCAGUAAUCCUAAAAUUAGCAAAACAAAAAUUGAAAGUAAUUUGAAAACCUCUCAACAAUCUUGUGAUGACACGUUGAAAAGGCAGCUUGAUGAAGAACUGGAGCAAGAUAUGGAAAGAUUUAAGAAUGAGGUAGGAAUGCUACAAGUAGUAUUCCUGGCUUUAGAAAAAGAGAAGGUACAACUACAAAAAGAGGUUGCAGAGGAAAAGAGAAAGCAGAAGUAUGAAGAAAUCGAAACAGUGGAGACAGAAGAUGAUGUGGAUAAGUCAAACAUAUCAAAUUUGACUGGAAGCACUGUUAAUCUGCAGAUGAAACAGAAGGUGGUUGUAAAGGGCAAUGAGCCUUUUAAAAAAGAAAAUGAAGAAAUUAUAGAUGAAGAAAAACUAAAAAUGAUCCUUUCCUCCAAGGAGAGAGCAACAUUAAAUCAAAUAUCAUUGAAGAGUAAGCCUGCCUUGAAUAUGAAAGACCUAAAGAAAAAUAAAAACAAAAAGCGGAUUUCAAAGCAAAGAGCUAAUCAGCAGAUGAAUUCUGCCAGUGGAAGCCAGUUUGACGAUAGCACUUUGAGUGAAACUUCUCAGGAUGAAGGAAGACCCGGAACCAAAUCAGUGAAUGAGAAGAAUACGAUUACAUCCAGGGAUGUUGCAGAUGAUUUAGAUGAUUUAACUCAAUCUUCUGACACGCCUACUGAGGACCUAGAGUUGCCUACUACAACCUACAAAGAGGCAAUGUUGCUGAUAGAACAGCUUACUGUGGACAGUAAAGAUUCUGUUAUUCUCUUGAAAAUUCAGAACAUACUUCAUGGAUACGAACGACUAAUAGAACGUGAAAAGGGUCGCUAUACCCAGCUCUUGGGAAAAGUAAGAAAACUUGAGAAUGAAAACAAAGAACUACAGUUAAUAUUGGAAGAGACCAGAGAAUUGAAAUCCAGACUGGAUCACCAGAAAAUGGAAUGGGAAAGCGAUGUCAGCAGUCUCAAGUUUACUCUGAAACAAGAAGAAGAAAAGAGGAUGAGUUCAGAAAUUCUAUAUGAAAAAAACAGAGAACAGCUAAGAAAGAAAGAGGAUCAAUACUGUAAAGAGAUGGAGGAGAAACAACAACUUGAGCUAACCCUGAGGGGUCUAGAAAUGGAGUUAAGAACGAUGAGAAAUCACCUUAAACAGGUUGAAGAAGAACGUAAUGAAACACAGAGACAGCUCUCUCAAGAAAAAAGUGCCAGAGCUCUUCAAGAAGGUAUUUUAAACAACCACCUUUGGAGGCAGAAGGAAAUAGAAGAGGAAACUAGAAUAACUAUAGCUAAGAGUGCAGAACUACCUGAUAAUCAUGACAGAGAAAAGGAUUUGUUACACAAAAAUCAGAUACUGCAAGAUGAAAUUGCUAUUCUAAGAAUAGAACUUGAUCGGAUAAGAAUUCGGCACCAGGAGGAAGAAACUAAAUAUUUGGAAGAAAAUGAAGCCUUGAAAGAAAAAAAUGAAGAUCUUAAAAAGGAACUAAAACUAAAUGAGGAAGCUCUAACACAGACGGUUUUUCAGUACAAUGGGCAGUUGAAUGUAUUAAAGACAGAAUCUACAAUGCUAACCUCCAAAAUAGAGCAGACAAAAGAAAACAAAGACAGGCUGGAAAUAGAGCUUGAAUCAUUUCGUUCUCGUUUGAACUCUGCUGUUCAAGAACUUGAACGUUGUCAGGCAUCAAAAAGCGAUGUUGAAAGGACAUUGCAAAGAGAGCGUGACGAGUGGCUUCGUUUACAAGACAAGCUUAGUCAUGACCUCUCAAAUCUACGAGAGACCAACAAUAGCUUGUCUCAGAAGCUUAGUAAGGCUGAAACCAAAAUUAAUGGUUUAGAAAAUGAACUUCAUCAAGUAAUGCAAACUCUUAGAGAAAAAACCUUGCUUUUAGAGAGCACUCAAAGAGAACUAAACCAGGCACAGUGUCAGGCAAAGGAACAUGACCAUGCUCGACAAAUGGAUAAGGAUCAAAUAAACAAGUUUAGUAUAAAACAGGAAUCAAUGCAAGAACGAUUGGCUCAGCUCCAAAGUGAAAACCUUUUACUCCGGCAGCAACUGGAAGAUAUGCAAAAUAAAGGGAUUAUUAAAGAGAAAGUAGUGAGUGAUGUCCAAGACAGAUUUAAUGAUAUUUUCAAUAAGCUUAGAGCUGAUACAGAAAAACAAGUCCAUAUGGUAGAAGAAAGAAAUAAGGAAUUAAUCACCAAAUGCAAUACUUUAAGAGAUCAAGUCUUUAAAUAUGAAACUGAGAAAGUUGAAAGAGAGGGGAUAGUAAGACAACUGCAGCAAGAACUUGCUGAUGCUCUUAAAAAACAGUCAAUGUCAGAAGCUUCACUGGAGGUUACAACACGUUAUCGAAACGACUUGGAAGAGGACAAAAUGCACUUGCAAAAAGAAAUAGACAGGAUUAAAUCCAAGCUGCAAGAAUCAGAAGAACAGUAUAUUCAAUCUGAGCGACAUGUUCAUGAUUUGAAAAAUGCAUUGGACAGUAAGGAACGGGAAGUGAUUGCUUCUUCUCAGAAACUGGAAGACCUUUUAGUAGCAUCGUCUGGAACAAGUAAUGCUAUAAAACAACUGGAAGAACAUGUACAACGACUUGAAAUUGAAAAUGCCAGAUUGGAAGCUACAGCCAAACAGCAAACAAUCAGAAUUGAGGUACUUCAGAAAGACCUGCAGGAAUCUGUCUCCGUCCAAAAGCAAAACAUGCUUUCAAUGACAGCACAAGAUACACGUAACAUGUGGGAGGAGGAACUUCAAUCAAGAUCCAGACUUGGAGUUCGACUAUCUCAGGAAAAGGCUGAGAUAUUGGAGCAGCUUGAAAGUGAAAAGAAAAAAGCGAAGAAGCUAUUAGAGACAAAACGAUCGGUGGAAGCCCGACUGGAUCAAGAGAUGAAAAGAAAUGGUGAACUGCAAAAAGAGUGUUAUGGAGUCAAGAAACUUCUAAAAACAGCGAAGAAGAAAUUAAAAGAAUAUGAGAGUAGAGAAAGUGAGUUGCAGUUUAGUUUCCAAGGAGAACUGAAGAACAAAUAUUCUGAAAUGGAUGGUGAAGUUAGUAGAUUAAAAACAAAGGUAGAUGAACUAUCCCAGCAGCUGAAAACAGAGUCAAAAAAAGCUACGCAGUUAGAAUCUGCAAAUCAUGAUUUGCGAGAACAGUUGUCUUCUAUGAAGAUACUACAUAAGAAUCAUGAAAAGCUGGAAAAGAAUAAAUGGCAGUUGGAAGAAGAAGUUGCUAACCUCAAACGCCAUGUAGAAACGAAUAUGAUGGACCACAGUCAAAUAGAACACUAUAAAAGAGAGAUUGAAGAACGAGCCAGACAAGAAAUAAGACAAAAAUUAGAAGAAGUCAAUUUAUUUUUGCAGACACAGGCAGCCUCCCAAGAGACAUUAGAACAAAUAAGAACUACUAAUAAUGCUUCUCUGAGAAACCAACUGGAGCACAGAAUGAGAGAUCUGGAAUCUGAACUUGCUAGAAUAAAAAACACUCAGCAAGACAGCAUUUUUCAAAAGGAGUCCACCCAGACAGAAUUGGAAAGGUACAAAGACUUGUAUGUGGAGGAAUUAAAAAUUAGAAAAUCUCUGGCAAGUAAAUUAGAAAGAGCUAAUGACAGGCUUGCAGAGGCCAAUGCUAAACUCCUCCAUGAGCGUCACAAGAGCAAAUCUUUAAUUGCCAACAGCAUUGUAAAUGGAAGUUUGACUGCAAGUCCAGUUCUGGAUACAGCUCAGCUUGGAAAUCUUGGGAACAAUUUAGCACUAAAUAGAAGUCUUGGUCUUGGAGGAAGCUUUAUAAAUCCAGCUGGAAAUGCAUUAUCUUCAAAAAACAGAGUGGAAGCUUAUCUGGCUAAGAUGCAGCAGGAACUGGAAAAAAAUAUCAGUAAAGAACUUGACCAAGCCAAUGCUGAACUCGAAGCUGGAGCUGUAAGAGUCUCUCCUGUGGGAUCUACUGAUGGAUCUUCAAAAAACCUAAAUGUAGAUCAGGAUCCAGUUUCCAGGGCAACACAGCAGUAUCUAGAUGUGUUAAAGAAGAAUUAUAUGAUUUGAAUAAAAAACUAAUGCAAGUUUGUGAAAAUGACUUUGUUUACAUAACACUUUAAUGGUUUUCCAUUAAGUGGUACAGCUGUGAAAACCUUCAUUACAAUUUAAAUAUGAGCUAUAAAUGUAUUACAUGACUAUCAGGCACGUUGCACUUGUCUUCAUAAGAACACUGCAUAAAUGUAUAGUUUCUUUUACAUUUAUUACUAAAAGCUAUACCUGGUUUCAGUUGCAACUAGCAUAGCAAAUUCAGACUAGUGUUUUGAGUUUCACAGAACUGCAAAAAUAUUAGGUACAUGGACAUAUGAACAGUUUAUCAUUGGGCAAAAGCCAUCAGGGCUUUACCAUGUGUCAGCUCCUCUACACUAACUCCCUAUGUAUAUGCGCUUACCUCAUAAAAAGAGAAAGAUGGAUAAACAUAGUUCUCAAAGAAAGAGGGAUAAGUUGAUGCAGUAGGUAAAAACUGAACUGCAGCUGCAAGCUUACUGUUUAGCUUUUACUUACGGUAAAGCCCUACCCUUUUGCCUUGUAAUACACUUGUAGGUACAUUUGUAUGUUCAUUCCCUGAGUUGUAACAAAACAUGUACUGAGUUUUGUCAUAUUCAUACUGCAAUGUAUUUUAACCAAAGCAUUCCUUGAAAUCUGUUUUCCAUUCUACAUGUAUUUAAUGUUUCUCUUAAUCUUGUCUUUAGUGGCUGUUAGCAGAUAUCUGAUGCAUCUGUUUCGUUCCCUGUUCUGCAGUCUUAACACAGGAAAACUCUUAAGGAUUCAUGGAAGUUUUACCUAUAUUAGAGCUGGAGAAUUAGACAAUUUGCAUUAUUGUCAGGUUUAUACCAGUUAGUAUUUGAGUUUUAAAAUUCUAUAAAUCUAUAAUAGUGCCAAGAUAUUUGUAGUGUAUGUUUUAUAUGGUACAUGAACUUAUCAGUACAAUACAGUUAUUUUUAAUUAAAUGAUACUGCAGCUCAGGGCAGUCUGAGUUGCUAGAUCAUCAUUAUUUCUUGUUUACCACUCUUUUCUAUAGAUUAAUAGAGUAAUUAAUAUAUACUGUGUUGUGCCUAUCUAUAGGUUUCUCAAUGUUUUCCAGAGCUGGUGCAAUAAGAUGAGCAGAGUUUUUCAUCAUUACCAAAAUCAGAUUACAUUCUGGGUUUGUCUUACAGCACAGGAAAGCCGUCAGACCAUGUUCUGUCUCCCACAGCUUAUAGGCUCUGCCUGGCUUCCAUUACAGCAGCAGCUGCCAGCAAGGUAUGCAGUGUAUCCUGGGAGGCACAGUCUGUUAAGGAGGCCAUAGCUCCCAAUAGUUAGCAAGGACACUACAUGCAGUCUCUGGCAGCUUCCCUGUGACAACAGAAACCUUCUGUUGCUUGCAGACCAGAGCAUGCAUUCCUCUGAUCUCCAAGAACCUGCUCAGAACAGAGAUUCUGCCACAGUAGGGAAGCUGAAAAUGUGGGUUUACCUGUGGUUUUACCAGGGGAAUGUGACUUCUCCUGGCAAAACUAUGUAGUAUAAACCAAGCUGUCAGUUCUAAACCUGGUAAGCCAGUCUUACCAGAAUCCCUGCUUCAGUGGCCGAAGCUGUUUUAUUUAUUUCAAACAAUUAUAUGCUGUUGUGGAAAACCCUUUAAAAACUAUUGCAUAUCUUUUUAAAAGUCACUAAUGUUAUUGUCAAAAGAUUCUGAAAUGGAGAGGAAUAGGACUCGAACAGCUUUGUCCUCCCCUUAAAAGUCCAAGAACUAAGCUAACUCACCAUGGUGAAAAUCUGUCCCACCAUGUACCGCCACCAUUUUUAAGGAAUAAAGCAGUUUUGUAUAGUUGGUGUACUGUAUUGAAUUGUAAAAAAUAAAAAAGGCAACUUUCUAUUUAAUAAAUUUGAAAAUGAAAUAUGUAUCUCUUGCUUUGGUUUCAUCUUUUCCUUUCCAAGCUUCAUUCAUUUUUUUCUUCUAUCGUUUUGUGCCUGUGUAUCCUUUUUCUUCGUUACCCUUCCUAUCUGUUCCCCCUCCUCCCCUAUGGCGGAUCUCACUUGUAGUACUAGGUCCUCCUUUGUCUCUCUUCUUCCCCCUGAUGACAGUUAACUUCAUACUUCUCAUUUUCUGGUGUCCUCCAUUCUAGCUGUUAUUAGCACAAUGUAGAGUGACCCUAUCCUAAUUCUAGUAACUCAAAGUUUCCAAUCAUCCUGAGCAGGUUGGCUUUUCAACCCUCAUGUAUAAUAUAUUGGGGAAAUAUUAGGAUAUAUUUCCCCAAUGAAAAAUAUGGUAUAAAUUAGAAUGACCCCACUGACCAACGCAACUACACUGAUUUACAUCGGCUGAUGAUCGGAUCGUCAUAUGCUAGAUCAAGAGACCCCAGCAAAGACUUCUAAAAAUGCACUCUCCUAAAUAAGUGGCUUGAUGUUUUUUUCAAAGAACUUGUCAGAAUUUUCUGAAAUAAAGUUUCAUUAA